CCACCCCUCCCCUCACUCUCCAAAUCACAAGCGGGCGACGGUUCGUUUCCAGCCCAUUCUCUCCCGUGGCAGCGUGUUGGGAAGAAACAUUUAACGCAGAUUUUAUGUUUUUUUGCUCUCAGAUGAUACUUUGUUGUUGUUUUUGUUGUUGAUCGAGCAGCGAGAAACUGGAGAUGAAUCAAUCGGGCGGAUGCGGCCAACGCGUAAAAGUUGUGGAUGGUCACUUCUUCGCGUAAACAUUUGAAGGAUUAUUUCAUCUCCAAAAGUUGCGGCGCAAAACAAGAGCGGGUUAAAUUCUUCCCUUUGCAACAAUAUCGCCCCGCAAUCAGGCUGGAAGACCAUCGGAUCCGGAGAACACAGCGAAUCCGCAGAGCGCAGAUGAUCGCAACUGGGGUUUGUGGUGUCGCGCUGGUGCUGGUGUUGGUGGUUCUGAUCCCGGUUGUUGUGAACAGCGCCGGGAACCCUGCCCGCUACGAGAUGCUCGGCUCCUGUCAAAUGGUGUGCGACCCCCACGGCACCGCGACCACCGCCACGGCCACGGCCAAGGCAUCCAACCCGGUCAAAGACAACCGCCUGGUUCAGUCUCUCCCAACCUUCAUCCAGGGUCCCAAAGGAGAGCCGGGGCGCGUCGGCAGGAUGGGUCAGAGGGGUCCGGUUGGCGAACCCGGGCCACCUGGACCCGCCGGUCCGCCCGGUGAGAGGGGGGCACCGGGUCCACCUGGAUCCCCAGGCGCAAAUGGGCCCAACGGUGCCAUCAGCGCUGCCACUUACAACACCAUCCCUCGCAUCGCGUUCUACGCCGGACUGAAGAAGCAGCACGAGGGUUAUGAGGUGCUGAAGUUCGACGACGUAGUCACGAAUCUGGGCAACCACUAUGACCCCUCUUCGGGAAAAUUCACCUGCUCAAUACCGGGGAUCUACUUCUUUGUUUACCAUGUGCUGAUGCGGGGCGGAGAUGGAACCAGCAUGUGGGCCGACCUCUGCAAGAACAACCAGGUGAGAGCCAGCGCCAUCGCGCAGGACGCCGAUCAGAACUACGACUACGCCAGCAACAGCGCGGUCCUGCACCUGGAGCCCGGGGACGAGAUUUACAUCAAGCUGGACGGCGGGAAGGCGCACGGGGGGAACAACAACAAGUACAGCACCUUCUCCGGCUUCAUGCUGUACGCCGACUGAGACGCGGGAGGUCCGCCGUGCGUAAAACUCGCUCCACCGCUUUCCAUGUCAGUCGGAUUAUUGGGGAGGAAGAGCUCACCAUUUACAUGUUGCAGAAGAGCUGAAAGGACCUCAUGCGGGGGAAAAAAAAGAAACCCUCUACUUUACCAAAACUCGAUAGUGAAUGUUAAAAGUGAGAAAUGUAACCUUGUCCGAUUGAUUAAACCGAUUAGCUUUACUAAUUAUGUAAACAUGUUCUGCUGUGGCAACAUACCGUUUGUGGACUGAACGUUCAAUGAAUUCACCUCCAGCGCAAAAAGUAUACUCACAUAAUCACCGCACAGAGUGUAGUUAGUCCACGUGUGCUUUAUUUGCUGAAAUACAUUCGUUGCGUUUUGAGUGAAAAAUGUUAAAAGUCGUAGUGAUGCAUGAUUAUGUAAAAACAACAUUUCAAAUGUAAAAACACUGUAAAGGGCCGUUCUGAUGUCCAUAUUGAAGCACUGUCUAAACGUCAUCAUAUAUAACUAUUGCCCCUGGUUGGGGGCAACAGGGUGGCGUCAUCCACCAGAAAUGUUCCCUUAAUUGUGACUGAUGAUUGUCAAGCCUGUCAUGCUGUGUGUAAAAUACCACUGAAAAAUAAAUCCUCGGGCUCACUUUUGAA